GAGGCUCGCGGACAUAGGCGGUUCGGCGCGGAAAGCGGGAGGUGGAGGGGUGGCUUGGGGCAAGCGCGCGCGCGCAGUGCAGACGCCAGCCCCUCCGCGGCUGAGGUACUCAAGGUGCCCAAAGGCGGGGUAGUGACCUCGCGCGUGCGCUGUGCCCGUGGCAGCGCCGGGUCUUAGUGUGUGGGUUGUUCUUGGCGCCGCACGGCGCGUGCGCAGUGAGGACGGCGGAGGGAUUUGCGGCCGGGACCCACCCCCUGCUCCAGUCGCUAUCCGAGGCCGCGCGGGUGGCUGAGCAGCGGUCUGGUGCGCUCGCUCAGCGGGCGACGGAAUCAGACGGACGUGGACGCCCCCGGAGUGGAAGCCGAAGCAGGAGUUGUUGUUGCUGAGGGGCUGCCGCAGCCGCCGCGAGCCUCCGGACAGACGCCAGAGCGAGGAGGGCGCUACGCGGCGAACUUGGCAAGAUGACCCAGUUCCUGCCGCCCAACCUUCUGGCCCUCUUUGCCCCCCGUGACCCUAUUCCAUAUCUGCCACCCCUGGAGAAACUGCCACAUGAAAAACACCACAAUCAACCUUAUUGUGGCAUUGCGCCGUACAUUCGAGAGUUUGAGGACCCUCGAGAUGCCCCUCCUCCAACUCGUGCCGAAACCCGAGAGGAGCGCAUGGAGAGGAAAAGACGGGAAAAGAUUGAGCGGCGACAGCAAGAAGUGGAGACAGAGCUUAAAAUGUGGGACCCUCACAAUGAUCCCAAUGCUCAGGGGGAUGCCUUCAAGACUCUCUUCGUGGCGAGAGUGAAUUAUGACACAACAGAAUCCAAGCUCCGGAGAGAGUUUGAGGUGUACGGACCUAUCAAAAGAAUACACAUGGUCUACAGUAAGCGGUCAGGAAAGCCCCGUGGCUAUGCCUUCAUCGAGUACGAACACGAGCGAGACAUGCACUCCGCUUACAAACACGCAGAUGGCAAGAAGAUUGAUGGCAGGAGGGUCCUUGUGGACGUGGAGAGGGGCCGAACCGUGAAGGGCUGGAGGCCCCGGCGGCUAGGAGGAGGCCUCGGUGGUACCAGAAGAGGAGGGGCUGAUGUGAACAUCCGGCAUUCAGGCCGCGAUGACACCUCCCGCUACGAUGAGAGGCCCGGCCCCUCCCCGCUUCCGCACAGGGACCGGGACCGGGACCGUGAGCGGGAGCGCAGAGAGCGGAGCCGGGAGCGAGACAAGGAGCGAGAACGGCGACGCUCCCGCUCUCGGGACCGGCGGAGGCGCUCACGGAGUCGCGACAAGGAGGAGCGGAGGCGCUCCAGGGAGCGGAGCAAGGACAAGGACCGGGACCGGAAGCGGCGAAGCAGCCGGAGUCGGGAGCGGGCCCGGCGGGAGCGGGAGCGCAAGGAGGAGCUGCGUGGCGGCGGUGGCGACAUGGCGGAGCCCUCCGAGGCGGGUGACGCGCCCCCUGAUGAUGGGCCUCCAGGGGAGCUCGGGCCUGACGGCCCUGACGGUCCAGAGGAAAAGGGCCGGGAUCGUGACCGGGAGCGACGGCGGAGCCACCGGAGUGAGCGCGAGCGGCGCCGGGACCGGGAUCGUGACCGUGACCGUGACCGCGAGCACAAACGGGGGGAGCGGGGCAGUGAGCGGGGCAGGGAUGAGGCCCGAGGUGGGGGCGGUGGCCAGGACAACGGGCUGGAGGGUCUGGGCAACGACAGCCGAGACAUGUACAUGGAGUCAGAGGGCGGCGACGGCUACCUGGCUCCGGAGAAUGGGUAUUUGAUGGAGGCUGCGCCGGAGUGAAGAGGUCCUCUCCAUCCGCUGUGUUUGGACGCGUUCCUGCCCAGCCCCUUGCUGUCAUCCCCUCCCCCAACCUUGGCCACUUGAGUUUGUCCUCCAAGGGUAGGUGUCUCAUUUGUUCUGGCCCCUUGGAUUUAAAAAUAAAAUUAAUUUCCUGUUGA